GCUGUGACGUAACCGGAAGGUAGCAGUCAUGGCGGCUGGUUUGAGUGUCCGAGCUGAGCGGUUCUUCACGGAGCGAUACCUGUCUUCCCUGUAGAUCUGUAAAUUUUCCCUGGGUGACAUUAUAAAUUAUCAAAGCCACGACUGUACCAGCCCUUAAAAUUCGCGGACGAUGGCGGAUGGGGAGCUUAGUCUGAUUGACAAGAACAUAAGAAGCUUACUGGAAAUCCCAAUUAGUCCGAAGGUCAGAUCUCUAAACCUUCACUGCAACCGCAUCUCUAAGAUCGAGGGGCUGGCUUCUGCUUGGCAUAUACGGCAGUUGGACUUGUCCUCUAACCAGAUCAGCCGCAUCCAGGGACUGGACUCCUUAACCUCCCUACGGAGCCUCAACCUCUCCUGCAACCUCAUAUCCAGGGUCGAAGGACUCCAAGGGCUUGUGAACUUGGUGAAGCUGGACUUGUCAUAUAAUCAGAUAGGUGACUUAUCUGGUUUACUUCACCUCCAUGGGACACAAUGCAAGCUGAAGCACCUUCUCCUCCAAAGCAAUCAUGUGAACAGCAUGAGCCAGGUGCUGCAAUGCCUGCUGGGAUUACAGAGUUUAAGCAGCGUGGCGUUCUGCGCCGACGGUAGUGGGAAUCCGGUCUGUGAUGUUCCGGGCUACAGAGACCUGCUCCUGCAGUCCCUGCCGCAGCUGUCUUCCCUGGAUGCAGUGGACCGGCAGGGUAACCCCUCCCCCUCUCUGGAAGAGUGUGCUGUCGACAUCCCUGGGAUAGAGGACUUUUCUGAGUUCCUGCUGUCAGACAGCAGCAUCACCGACGAGAGGGCUGAUGCGGAUGCCCCACAGCCGAUGCCAUCCGUCGAUGAUGCGCUGACCAGCUUUCGCCAGCGGAUGGGCAUUCUAGGGGCCAUCGGAGUAAGGGAGGGCUCACCCUGCGGCCCUCGGAGCGCGGGCCCCGGAAUUCACAGGCCUCAGACUUCCCAGCUGUUCCCGGAGACUCCCAGCACCCCCACCUCCAUCUCCACCCCCUCCCCCGUCUGUAAACCUCGCAGAGACACGGACCGCACCUCUGACAGCGAGUGCGAUAACAGGGAGGAGUGCUGUCCCAAGGGAGGGGGGCAGAAGUCCCGGGUCCCCGCUGGGCGAAGGGGCCCAGUGGCCCCCAGGAAGAGGAACUCUGGGGAGCUAAAGGGUCAGAGGUCACACAGCACUUCAGAAAGUGCCGUCUCAGACAGCAAGUCGGCAGCCUCCUCGGGAAAGAAAGUGCCCCCCUGCUCAUCUUCCCAGCGCGUGGAGACAGGGAGGGCGGAGAAAACAGGCCUGAAGGAUGCGGAGAGUCUUCCGGAGGAGCUGGCUGCCCGGGAGAGAGAGGAGGAGAGCUUCAGGGUGGUGGUGGAGGAGCGUGACCAGGAGAGGCGCUGGAAAGCCGAGCAGGCCGUCCGGAAGCUGACGGAGCAGCUGAGCAGCUUGGAGAGGAAGGCCAGCCAGGAGCGGGACAUCCAGAGCAUGGCGCUGCACACGUCUGACCGGCUGAAAGAGGUCCUCCUGAAGGAGCGCGCUGCACGAGUGGAGCUGCAGCAGCAGGUGGAGGAGCUGAGGGAGGAGCUGGCCCAGGCCCAUGGGCGGGAGGACCGCCAGCAGGGGGCGCUGCGCAGCCUCCAGGACACCGCGGCCCGGGAUGAAGCUCUGAGAGCCCAGCAGCGUGCUGAUGAGGCAAGGAGGACCCAGGAGCUGGAAAACACAGUGUCUGCCCUGAAGAGGGAGCUGGAGAUCCUACGGGCAUCUGCACGGCAACAUAAGGAUAAGCUACAGCAGCUGCAUGAGCUGCUGACCUCCCGCGAGCAGGAGCACAGGAAGGAGCUGGAGGCGCGGCUGCUCCCGGGCAGCCCGGAGUUCCAGGAGGCAGUGUCGCGUGCGGUGGCCCCCGUGGAGCGGGGCCACGCCCAGCAGUUGGCCGACCUGCGGGAGAAGGUGAACGCCGCGCAGGCGAGAUACGCCGAGCUGGAGGACGAGUUCCGCGCGGGGCUCACCAUCGAGGCUAGUCGCUUUUCCGAGGUGAAAACGGCCCUGGAACUCGAGGCGGCAGAGUUGGCGGAAUGCAGGGCCAAACUGUCCAGGUCUCAGCAGAGGGAGCGUGAGUCAGGAGCCCUGGUGCAGGAGCUCACUAGCAUGGUGAAGGAGCAGAAGGCACGCAUCGGCGAGCUGGUGAGAUCUAAGCGGGAGGUUGUCACGGAGUUAAAGGCUCGCCUGCGGUCCCUGGAGGCCACUGCAGAGGAGGACAAGCGCCAGGCCGUCCAGGUGGAGCUGCUGAAGCAGGAGAAGUCCAAGCUGCUGUCCCAGCUGGCCGCCCAGGAGUCCGUCAUCGAGGGCCUGCGGGCCGAGCGCAAGCUCUGGGGCCAGGAGCUGGCACAGCAGGGGGCCUCCCUGGCCCAGGACCGGGGCCGCUUGGAGGCCCGAAUUGAGGUGCUGAAUGCAGAGCUACAGAGUCUGAAGAAACAGAGCGAGAGCGACUGUAGCUCACUCAGGAUCAAAGCCAAGAUUGUGGACGACCAGACGGAGACCAUCCGCAAGCUGAAGGAGGGCCUGCAGGAGCGGGAUGAGCAGACCCGACGCCUCCGCGAGGAGACCCUACAGGCCCAACGGCAGUUCGAGGCACGACUAGAGGAGGAGACUGCUCCACUGAGAGAGCAGAAGGAGCACCUGGAUCAACUCAGCUCCCGUAGGGAGGAGCUGGAGCAGCUGCUGGAGGACAGGGAGGCCGAGCUGGAGGAGGUGAAAAGGGAGCACAGCACCAUGAGCAGGAAGUGGCAGGACAAGGCGGAGCUGCUGACCCGCUUGGAGUCACAGGUCAGGCGCAUGAAGGAGAACUUUGACACCAAGGAGAAGGUGCUCAUGGAGGAGAAAGAGAGAGCCCAGCUGGAGCACAAGGCCGCGGUGGAGAAGCUGCGCAGCAUGGACGACGCCUUCCGCAGGCAGAUGGAGGCGGUGCAGGUGUCCCACCAGGCGGAACUACUGCAGCUCGCCAGCGACAAGCAGAAAGAGGUGGAGCAGGCGAAGCAGAGGGUGCUGCAGGUGGAGGAGGAGAUGCGGCAGCUACUGGAAGAGACCGAAUCGAGGAGGAGGACGAUGGACGAGAAGAUGAGGCUGCUGACGAGUGUGCUGAAGGACUUUUAACCCGUCUGCCAUUGUACUCAUUCCUCACGGGACUGUAAACAUGUCGAGCUUCUUUUAUUAAUGCGUGUCAAACCACAGCUCGUUUUAUACACGAGGCAAAAGGCAAUUUUAGUGAAAUUUCUCCUUAAAUGAUAGAUUUUUUAAUUUAUGGUUUUUAGUGUUUUCUGUACAGUGGAAAGGCAAAUGCAAUGCCGAUACAUUUUAUUUCCAGUGUUCCUGUUGUAAUUAUUUAUACGUAUUUUUAAAUAUAACCAUGUACUGCAACACAAAAUUAAAAUGCUUUUGGGGGAAAAA